AUAUAAAUGUAAAUGUUAAAUGUAAAUGUAAAUCUAAAUGUUCCGCCUAAAUGUUAAAUAUAAAUGUUGACUUUAAAUGUUUGGGAAAUAUGCUAAUGAGGCCACGCCCCUCACCGAAUAGAGCGGUCCUUGUUCAGACGAAAGUUGAACCUUAAUCAUGGCAAACUCUUUGAGACCUGAGGAUAUUGAAAGGGCCGUUGUUUCAGGAGUGCGAGCUGCAUUGCAAGGUGUCCUGGCACCUACACCUGCUGCUGCAAAUCUGGUUAACACAUCAUCACCAUCCACAAGUUCUGCCGCUUAGUUCACACAGACCGGUCAACACUCUGCCGCCACCCAUAGCAUCCACAAGUUCAACCACAUCUGCAGGGGCUGGCACAUCCCAGAGAUUGGUUCCUUUUCCAUCAUAUUUUCAAUCAAGAAGAGGUCGAUCAGGAUAUCAGCAAAGAAAAAACGUGAAAACGUUUACAAAAGACGUUGUAUGUUUGCCAUUUUCUCCAAGGGAAUCAGUUUUCGUCAUACCUAGAGGAGAAAACUGAAGUCGCUUGGCUCAAGCUGGUCUAAUUGGAAAAAUUUCCUUUACCACCGAGUGGUCUGAAGAUCAGCUCAGAGAAGAAAUUUCUGCUAUCUUCAGAGGAUCAUUUGGCAUCUCCGAGCAUGAUGUUUUCCCUUUUCAGUACUUGAGCACAAUAAAAGGGUGCAAAAAAUUAAUGAAGCCCAAUGUCACACUCAACUUUCCCUGGGGGGGGAAAGAAGUUUCUUCUGUUUGCUCAAAUACCUGUCUUUACAUUAUGGCUGAAAUGGAAAUGCCAAAACAGGUGAGCUUGAUAGUGAAAGUACUGGUAAACCUUUUUCAUGUAAUAUUAUUUGCAUGCGAUUUUUGUUAAAAUUAUUUAGAUAUGAACAUAACUAAGCACAGCAUCAUCUUUACAUGUGACACUUUUUAUUGUUGUAAAUUGUUUUUGCAAUCACAAAUUAACUUUGAACAUUUAGUCAUGCUUGUUAUGUCUAAAUUACAAUUUAUAUGCUUUUAAAAUUGCUUUCUUACACAAAAUUUCCACAUCUUAUCAUUCAGCACAGAGUUUUUGACACGGAUGACAGUGACUUUGAAAGUCCAACUUUUCAGAGUAGAGAUCUUGAGACAUUGGAGCAAUCUAAUGUUGACGGUCCAUAUGAACCAAUGGAGGCAGAUGCCACAAAUCGAGAACAUGAGACCGAACAAGGAGGCACUCGUUUCUCUGAUUUCAUACCACUUGAUUUCGAAGAAGAGGAGGCAGUCGAGGAAGCCAUCAGACGCAGUUUGGAAGAAGAAACUGUCCAGGUUCCACAAGAGUCGAGGUCUAUUAAAACGUUGACAACAGAAGAAAUAACUGGAAUUGUAAAAGCUCACAGUGAAAUGGUUGUUACAGAAGGAUUUAGGUCAAUCAUUGUCAGCCGAAGAAAUGUGUGGACAUCUGCGAUCCGACAAUUCAGGCGACCAAGAUUUGUUGAAAGCACCGAUAUGCUGUAUGUAACAUUUGCCAGUGAUAAAAACAGCACAGAAGAUGCAGAAGAUCUUGGAGGUCCCCGUCGAGAAUUCUUUCGCUUGCUUGUUAAAGCAAUUUUCCAAGAAAGUGGGGCAUUUGAGGAGUCCCCCAAUGGCUUCAUUCCAAGACUAAGUGUUUCGCAUGUCCAAAAUCGAGUCUACCGCACUAUUGGUCAGAUGAUGUCUACCAUCAUUGUCCAAGGUGGAGAAUGUCCUGCUCUCCUUUCGUCUGUUGUCUUGGACUACCUGCUGACUGGGCGUAUGUUCGACAUCCGCGUUUCUCCAGAGGAUGUUGCCGAUUUGGAACUUAGAGACAGCCUCAAGACAAUUGAUCAAGCAACAACUGAUGAUGAUCUGCAACGAGCAAUAGAAUCCUGUGAGUCAUGGAGGUACCAGAUUGAAGGUCUUCCAAACCCUGUUACCAUGGACAACAAGGAUGCAUUUGUUAAAAAUGCUAUAAUUUUCCAUGUUCUACUACAACGAAAGAGCUGCUACGAUCAGUUAGCUGAGGGGUUGGAAUGUUAUGAGCUCUUACCACUUCUGAAAGAGAACCUUCCCCUUCGGGUUCUUUUAGAGAUGCCCAAGGUUCGCAGUGAUCUUACAGCAGAUGUGGUUGCUACCCUUCUGAAGCCCAGCUACUCCGUUCUGGGAAGCAACAAACGACCAAAAGAAGAGCUGAUGGUGGUUAAGUUCAGAGAUUUCCUCAAUAGUGUUCAAGAAAGAGAAGUUGAGGAAUGUCUUCAUGGCAGAACCCUGACAGAAGCAGAGAAGACCUUUCUCAGAACUUUAAAUCCUGGACAUAUUCUCGCCUUUGUGACUGGAAGUAGCAGAGUUCCAGCAGUUGGAUUUCAACCAAGUCCAAAGUUAAGCUUUGUUCAUAAUGAAAACAAGUACCUUCCAGUCGCUCAUACGUGCUCAAAUGAGCUUGAAAUCUUUGUAAAUUCCAAAAAUCUAGCUGACAAUGAUGAGUUUGAAUAUAACUUCCUAGUAGCGCUUAUGAAUGGAGCAAAUUUUAGUGCAGUUUAAAUAAACAUGAAAAUAUAUUCCAGGGAAAAGGGUCCAGGUGAGUAAGAAGGGAAAAUAAAGUGGAGAAGAGAAGAAAUGUAGAAGAAUGGAUACGUUAUUUGUAUUAAUCCAAAACACCUCAGUGAUGUUUUUCUGUUUUUUUUUACUUCUGUAUUAAUAAAUAUAAAAAAUUUGCCUUUGUAUGGAGUUUUGCUAUGUUUAAAUGUUAUUAAUAAUUUUAGUUAAUUCAUAAAAGCAGGAAAAUGUGCUACUUGUGUCUUUGUUGAGGAUCUGUUUCUGCUGUUUGAUGAGCAAAUUGUAUUUAAUUAAACAAAAACAGGAAAUGUUGAACGGUUUUCUUUUUUCUGUUUCCAUGUAAAGCCACUCAAGACAACAGUUAAAUAUGAAAAGUUACAAAAGAGGAAAAAUGGUAAAAUAUAGAUUUGGAUCUCUUUGUUCGGGAAACUUAUAUUUAUUUAUUUUCUAUGGGAAGGAAUUGGUAUUGUCUGUAGAAAAGUAUGCAUUUUCUGAACACCAGAGAGAGUACACCCAUUAUUUCAUGUUGAUCCAUUUCAAAUAAUAGGUUAUUUUUUGAAAUGUCAAUAGAUGUUUGUUUAGCAGAGCAACAUGGUUGUGUGUUGAAAGUGUUUGCAUACGUUGUCUCACAUGUAAAGCCUAUUGGAUGUUCAUUCUUUAUGGAAAAGGUUUCAAUUACAAACUCAAAUGAUGAAACAUUAAACAAACAAUUAAACUAGA